GUCUGAGGAAACUGGUAGACAAAGGAUAAAACUCCAUUACUAUUCUUGUCAAAAUAAAUCACAAAAUAAAUAUAAUAUAUCCGAUAAAUCGUAGAAGAUAUGGCUGGUAGUAGAUUCGAGGCAGUUGGGUCCAUAUUUACAAGAAUCAAUGGUUUAAUGAAAUCGGGAGCACUCAAGUAUGCUGAACGACCUCUCUGGUAUGAUGUUUAUGCAGCCUUCCCUCCUAAAACAGAACCUAGAAUAGAUAGAAAACACGAAGUAUGUGAGGUUAAAGAUAUAUUGUAUAUAGAAGAUAUGGCUCGAUCAAAAUUUUAUACAGAAUAUGGUAAUCCAGACAAUUUAGACUUAAUCGAUAAUAAUUCUUCAAAUGUCAUUCAAAGAUUCAUCAAUAAAUACAUGGAAUUCAGUCCAGAUGAUAGAUAUUCGGAAGAAGCCUUUGAUAAAGCGGUCGAUAGCUUAAGGUCAGAAGGAGUAGAAUUAAAAAAUGUCAGAGAAGAGGAAGAACUAAUAUUUUCGGCUGAAUUAUGUUUAGUAUUUGAAAAUAAGAACGAUAACCUUUUGUCUAUGAAAAUUAAGAAUAAAUUAUAUAAAGCUAUGGAUUCAAUCAGUGAAAUAUCAAAUGUUUUUGAUCAUUGUUGCCAAGAAGAUAAGGCACAAAAAAUGAAAGAGAAAAAUUUAGACAUUAAAACUUUUGAAAAACUUUGGUUUAUGAAAGAAGAUGCAACGACUGAUGAAUACGAGGAAGAGUUAUAUAAAUAUAGAGGUGACUACGCUUAUUAUAAUCAAUCGUUUAGUGAAGCUGUGGACUGGUACACAAAGGCAAUAGAGGUAAUGAAAAAUAAAGAUUGCCGAGCUUAUCGAGAAGCCCAAGACUGUUUGGCAAGGUGCUAUCAUGCGACGAAACAGUAUGAGGAAUGUCGGAAUAUAAUCUUACUGCUGCUCAAAGGGUGUGGAAAUUACGACCAAACUUCAUAUAUAGUUUCGUUAUUGCUAGAGACAGCUGUUAAUGAAAAUGAGAAAAUCUUAUUCCAUAAGUAUUUAAUUUGGCUGCACCCGGGCAACCAAACUUUAUGGAAAUCACUUAAUCGUUCUUUGAAUGGUCUGGAAUCAUUCGACAAAAAAGAUAGAUUGGUGAAUUGCGAAGCUGAUGCAAAAAAUGUUAGAAAUUGGAUUUUAAGCGAAUCACCUGAUUUUGAAAAACAUUUUGAAGAGAUUUUUGGUGUUUUGUAA